GGGCCGCCAGCGGCGGAGGCGGUGGCUCCUGGGCGGCGUCCGAGGUCCGAGCCUGGGGUUACUGGGUGGAGGCUGGAACCAAGGGCGGGAGGAGACCCCGGUACUCGCAGUUUUCGGUUCCGCCCCGCGAUUCCGGUCCAGCCACGUGCUGGGCUGGGAGCGAUCGGAGCCUGCGACCUCGCAGGACCCUGUGUCCGGCUCACGGUUUCGGCUCCCCACGCGCAGCGCCAUGGCCAGCGAGGGUCGCGAGGAUGAGCACCCAUCCGUGACGCUCUUCCGUCGGUACCUGCGCAUCCGCACGGUCCAUCCCGAGCCCGACUACGGGGCUGCCGUGGCCUUCCUUGAGGAGAGAGGCCGCCAGCUGGGCCUGGGCUGCCAGAAAGUGGAGGUGGCACCUGGCCUCGUGGUGACCGUGCUGAGCUGGCCCGGCACCGACCCCACGCUCUCCUCCGUCUUGCUCAAUUCUCACACGGAUGUGGUGCCUGUCUUCAAGGAGUGCUGGAGUCAUGACCCCUUCGAGGCUUUCAAGGAUGCCGAGGGCUACAUCUACGCCCGGGGUGCCCAGGACAUGAAGUGUGUCAGCAUCCAGUACCUGGAGGCUGUGAGGAGGCUGAAGGCGGAGGGCCGCCACUUCCCCAGAACCAUUCACCUGACCUUUGUGCCCGAUGAGGAGAUUGGGGGUCACCAAGGCAUGGAGCUGUUCGUACAGCAGCCCGAGUUCAAGGCCCUGAGGGCUGGCUUCGCCCUGGACGAGGGCCUGGCCAACCCCACUGAGGCCUUCACCGUCUUCUACAGUGAGCGGAGCCCCUGGUGGGUGCGGGUCACGUGCACUGGGAAGCCCGGCCACGGCUCGAGGUUCAUUGAGGACACCGCUGCCGAGAAGCUGCACAAGGUCGUGAGCUCUGUCCUGGCGUUCCGGGAGGAGGAGAGGCGGAGGCUGCAGUCAAACCCCCACCUGAAGCUGGGGGCCGUGACCUCCGUGAACCUGACUAAGCUAGAGGGCGGCGUGGCCUUCAAUGUGGUACCGGCCACCAUGAGCGUCGGUUUUGACUUCCGAUUGGCACCGGAUGUGGACAUGAAGGCUUUCGAGGAGCAGCUGCGGGGCUGGUGCCAGGCGGCUGGCCAGGGGGUCACCUUCGAGUUCGCUCAGAAGUGGACGGAGCCCCAAGUGACAUCCACCGCUGACUCGGACCCCUGGUGGGCAGCCUUCAGCGGGGUCUGCAAGGACAUGAGCCUCACUCUGGAGCCGGAGAUCUUCCCCGCCUCCACCGACAGCCGCUACCUCCGCGCGGCGGGGGUCCCGGCUCUGGGCUUCUCCCCCAUGAACCGCACACCUGUGCUGCUGCACGACCACGACGAGCGGCUGCACGAGGCCGUGUUCCUCCGUGGGGUGGACAUAUACGCACGGCUGCUGCCCGCCCUGGCCAGCGUGCCCGCCCUGCCAGAUGAAGGCUGAGCCCACGCCCCCAGCCUCUGGCCCCAGAGCCUCCCCGCCAGCCCCCGCCAGUGUCCCUGACCAACAAUAAAGUCUGUGUGUGGACAGGG